AUGCGAAAGAGACGAAUAGCAAAUGCUCAGGCAGGAGGGGCAGUUCGCAUCAUCGCCUACCACGCGAAAGGCCGGUAUUGGGAGUUUCGGUUCAACCUCUGCGGCGAAAGCAUCGUUAUCCCAACUGCUCUGGGCAGGUCAUUAGGCCUGCGCUUUAAUCGGGUCGUCGAUGUGGAGUGGUAA